CACGCUUUAAAGAGGAAUUAUUUAGUUUUAUUAGCUUAUUUUUAAUGGCUACAUAUCCCUCUUCCAAGUUUAUGGAGUGCCUGCAGUAUGCGGCUUUUAAACACCGCGAACAAAGACGCAAGGACCCCAAGGAAACCCCUUACGUGAAUCACGUGAUAAAUGUGAGCACCAUUCUGUCCGUGGAGGCCUGCAUCACCGAUGAGGCGGUUCUGAUGGCUGCCCUUCUUCACGAUGUCGUCGAAGAUACAGAUGCAUCUUUCGAGGAUGUGGAGAAACUAUUUGGAUCGGAUGUUUGUGGGUUAGUCCGCGAGGUGACCGAUGACAAAUCCCUGGAAAAGCAGGAAAGAAAACGCUUGCAAAUAGAAAAUGCAGCCAAAACGAGCUGCAGAGCCAAGCUCAUAAAACUGGCCGACAAACUGGAUAACCUGAGGGAUCUGCAGGUCAACACGCCAACAGGAUGGACGGAGGAACGUCGUGAACAGUACUUCCAUUGGGCCAAAAAGGUGGUGGAUAAUCUGCGAGGCACCAACGCCAAUCUGGAACUUAAGCUAGAUGAAAUCUUCCGCCAACGUGGUCUCUUGUAACUCCCAAAACAUCCACUAAUUACAAAGGCAACUCUUUAA